AAAAUGUCAUUUGUCAUUUUGCUGCGAUAAUCGCUUCACCACUUUUGUUUUCUUGUCGCAAAAUAAUCCCGAUUGAGUUCACGUGUUCCAAUAAGUUAGCAAAAACUUAGUUGCGGGAUCGAUAAACUUAGUAGCUUGUAGUUAGAUAACAAUUAGGUUGUGGUACAUGUGUGUACAGUUGCCGUCACAACAAUGGAAAACCUUGAUCGUAGCAAUAACAAGAACGUGUCUCUCAGUUUGAUAGCAGAAUACGGGGGUUCAGAUUCCGAUUCGGAUGAUACAGAGACCCGUUCGAACGACAAUACAACUGAUUCUGAUGCCGCAGACCUUACGGAGAUGGUGUUGAAGAAUAAUAUAAUAAACGCGUGCGCUCACGGGCCUCUGUCGAGGCCGAGCGGCCGUGACGAAGCGGAUGUCAGUAGGCACAUGAUAAUCGACAGUGCGGAGAGUGGCGUGGUGGAGUACGAGGUGACGGAGUACCGUGAUGCGGACAGCGACUCCGACAGUGAGUCCACGAGCGCCUCCAGCGACAGCGAUGUGGACUCCGUCAAAGACAUUGAGGAGGUCUCCAGCGGAGAUGAAUUCGAAGGCCAAAACAAGACAGGAAAGCCAGAGACGCCCAAAGUGAACGGUGAAAUGGGCUUGGAUGACCUGCCUCCCAUAGAAGAUCUUGCCAUCAGCCUGCCAGCUCAGGAGACCACCAAGAUCGGAACCAUUGCCAGCAUAGUUGAUAGAUUAGUUAUAGUUCGUGCACUGCCCGAGACCCCGGCGGUGGACUUGGACAGCGUACUGUUCUUAGAUAAUGGCGCCAAAGCUUUAGGCAGAGUCUUCGAUGUUUUCGGCCCUGUAACAGAGCCUCACUACUGCGUGCGGUUCAACUCGGCGGAGCACGUGCGCGAGCGCGGCGCGGCGGCCGGCGCCGACGUGUUCAUCGCGCCGCGCACACAACACACCAACUAUGUCUUCCUUGCUGAGCUUAUGAAAAUAAAAGGCUCGGAUGCUUCCUGGCUGCACGACGUGGAGCCUCCUCCCCAUCAGAUCGAGUACUCCGACGAUGAAGAGGAACGGAGAGCCAACAGAGCGCGGCGCGAGCAGAGGAGGGCGCAAACUGAGGACUCCGAGGACGGAGAAACCUCCAAAAACGCCAGAAAACUCCCAGAGAGACGCAACCAAAGACCUUCAGAGUCCAGCAGCCGCUUCGGCAGCGGACCCAGCAGGGGCAGGAACCCCUUCGCUGCAGGAUCUAGAAGAAAUAAUAACCCCAACGCAUUCCCACGCGUGGGUAGGCCCUGGCCCAACAAUAUGGGGCUUAGGACUCCUCCCCCACACCCGAACAACGACCAUGGAGCUCACGGGCCUUUCAGUGCACCUCCGAACUUCAAUGGUCCGCCAAUGUUCCCGCCGCCGUUCAACCCCUCCACUCCGCCGCCGUUCAUGGGCAACAUGUUCCAGUUCGGCGCGAGCAGGAUGUCGGGCAGCCCCGUGCCUCCCUUCCGCCACAACGUGCCGGUGUUCGGCUCCAACUACUGCAGCGUCCCCGGCCCCCACCCCCAGUGGGUGAACAACGGCCCCCCACCGCCCCCAGGAACCUAAUGCGCAACAAUCUAAUCGAUAAGAACUAUCUCAUAAUAAUUAGUCGAUAGUUAGUCCAGUAAAAUGUCUAACAAUACUAAAGUGUGGUUAUCCAAAAAUAAAUUUAUAUUUAUAUGGAAUAAACGAUGAUUAUUACAGUA